CUUUGCAUCUCUUUUUCAAGCGUAGCCGCAAGGUAAAAUUCAAUCUAACAUCAUGGCUGAUCAUCCAGCACAAUCCUUCGAUACCGAUUGCAUGACUUUAACUCGAUUUGUGCUCAAUGAGCAGCAAAAAUUUCCUCAAGCCAGUGGUGAUUUAACGCAGUUACUCAAUUCUUUACUGACAGCCAUUAAAGCAGUUUCUUCGGCAGUCCGUAAAGCUGGCAUAGCUAAACUCUUCGGUAUUGCCGGUGAAAUCAAUGUGCAAGGUGAAGAAGUCAAAAAAUUGGAUGUCUUAGCUAAUGAAUUAUUCAUUAAUAUGUUAAAGUCAUCCUACACUGUUGCUGCCAUGGUAUCGGAAGAGAAUGAGAAAAUGAUUGAAGUAGAAACGGAGAAACAAGGAAAAUAUAUCGUCUAUUUUGAUCCUUUGGAUGGCUCCUCUAAUAUAGAUUGCUUAGUUUCCAUUGGUUCUAUAUUUGCGAUAGGCAAAAAGAAUUGUGAUGGAACGCCAACUGAAAAAGAUUGCCUUUGCAGCGGUCGCAACAUUGUUGCUGCUGGCUACGCCUUAUAUGGCAGUGCUACCAUGGUUGUUUUAUCAACUGGUAAUGGUGUCAAUGGAUUUACCUUAGAUCCAUCUAUCGGAGAAUUCGUCUUGACUCAUGCAGAUAUGCAAUGCAAACCGAAUGGCAAAAAAAUCUAUAGCUUGAAUGAAGGCUAUGCACAAUAUUUUGAUCCUGCUGUAACAGAAUUUUUGGAAAGGAAAAAGUUUCCCAAAGAUGGCUCUGCGCCUUAUUCUGCUCGAUACGUCGGUUCUAUGGUAUCGGACGUUCACAGGACGCUGAUGUAUGGCGGUAUUUUUAUGUAUCCUGCUAAUGUAAAGAGUCCUAAAGGCAAAUUGAGAUUAUUGUAUGAAUGCAUACCAAUGGCGUAUGUAAUGGAACAAGCUGGUGGUCUGGCAACUACAGGCGAGAAAGAUAUCUUGGACGUUGAACCGAAAUCAAUCCACGAUCGUUGCCCCAUCUUCCUUGGCUCAAAGCGUGACGUAGAAGACGUCAUAGAUCUAUACAGUAAACAUAAGUCGGGUUAA